GGGGUGCUCCGUUGAACGCCAUGUACCAAGGAACACCUACAUUUUACGCGGAGUGGAGUCAACUUAAAUACACAUUCAUUUUCUUAUCCAAAUUACAUUUUUAAUAACUGCGGGUUAUUCUAAAUUUUCUGUGUGUGAGCUGCUUCUUCAGUGAUCAUUGCAUCAUGUUACCAGUCUAAUUUAGGGGUGCCAAAUUCGUCAGGAUGACAAUGACGAAGAAAGUUCAAAUUGAAAGCAUUCUCCAAGAUGAUUUGUUACCAUUUACUCAAUCAGUAACUGGUUGAUUAGUGUACAUUUCAUAAGUGUUGCAUGGACUAAUUAUAUUAUUGUCACCAGCAGAACACCAAAAAAAUGGACCCCUUGUUCAUCACAACUGAUUUACAAUUGCCAAGCAAUUGGACCAACUUUUCAGGGGUCAAUGGAACUGAUCAGGACUGGAACCAGUUUGUGCAACCCGUUUGGAGAAUUGUGCUAUGGGCAUUCGCCUACAGUUGCAUGGUUACUGUGUCUCUGGUGGGGAACGUCGUAGUAAUAUGGAUUAUUAUGGCGCAUAAACGAAUGCGAACUGUGACCAACUAUUUUCUGUUGAACCUCGCGUUUGCUGAAGCGUCUAUGUCUGCCUUCAACACCGUUAUCAACUUCAUCUAUUCCGUGCACAACGAGUGGUACUUCGGGCUGAUGUACUGCCGCUUUCACAACUUCUUCCCCGUCGCUGCUGUCUUCGCUAGUAUAUACUCUAUGACUGCGAUAGCGGUGGACAGGUACACUGCCAUCAUCCACCCCCUGCAGCAACGCAUGUCAUCCACAGAGACCAAGGUGAUCGUGGGGGUGAUCUGGAUGCUGGCUCUGCUUCUGGCAUUCCCUCAAUACUACUACUCAGUGACCGAGGAGCUCCCUGGACGAAUCAUCUGUUACAUCGAGUGGCCCGAAUACACCGGCUGCGACUACAAAAUUCUGUACUACGUAUGUGUGACUGUGCUGAUCUACUUUCUGCCUCUGCUGGUGAUGGGCUGUGCCUACCUGGUGGUGGGCCUCACCCUCUGGGCCAGUAACAUACCUGGAGACUCCUCUGACCGCUACAAAGAGCAGCUCACUGCCAAACGCAAGGUGGUGAAGAUGAUGAUCGUGGUGGUGUGUACGUUUUCUCUCUGCUGGCUGCCCUACCACGUGUACUUCCUGCUCCACCUGUUCUUCCCCCUGCUGUUUGAGACACUCUAUAUCCAACAGGUAUACCUGGCUGUCAUGUGGCUGGCCAUGAGCUCCACCAUGUACAACCCUAUCAUCUACUGCUGUCUCAACGACAGGUUCCGAGCUGGCUUCAAGCAGGCCUUCAGCUGCUGUCCCUGUGUCCCCGCCGGCUCCUACGAGGGUCUGGAGCUCAAGUCUACACGUUACCUGCAGACCCAGGCCAGCAUGUACAAGGCCAGCCGCAUGGAGACCAACGUGUCCACCGUGCUGCAUGUGGCCGACGACCUGGAGCCUCCCAGGUUUGGGGCCCUAUCUGUGGCCGGGUCGGCACCCAGGCGCUCCUCUCUGGAUCUGACCUCUAACGGCUCCUCGUCCCGCAGCGUCUCCAAGAAUGUGUCGGAGACCUCCAGCUUCUACUCUAGCAACAACCUGCCUGAGUAGAGAGGGGAGAGGAGAAUCAGGCACCGCUAAACACUCCAUCUCACUAUACCUGCCAAUGGGGGCUGUGUGUGUGUAUGUGUGUGCAUGCAUGCGUGUGCACAUAUAUUCCAUCCAUGUUUGUCUUUGACCAUUUACAUAAUGUCCUUUCUUUGAAUGUUGGGCAUCAAGUCUACCGCCUGUGGCUGAGGCUUGGUUGGUUCCCCUUCAGAGGGCAGUGUGCUUAUCCAGUGGUCCUUGGUUCAAACUAAGGCAAUAAGGCAUAUCCAGAGCACACUGCCUGGUACCUGCUAUAGCCCAGAGAGAUACUGUAAGGGCUGGGUUCAUUUUUUAAUUUAUUUCACCUUUAUUUAACCAGGUAGG